UUUUCGAAAUGUCACUUCGACGUUUUUUAGACGAAAUUUUUAUUUACGAUCUGUCGAGUAUUUUUAUUCUGCAUUUUUGUGAUUUUUUUAGAAAAUAAAGUGAUGAAAUGAGUUUGUUGCGAAGCAGACAUUAUCAGGAAAUUCUCAGACGACUCUAUCAUGGGCAGACAUGCGUAGAAAAAUACGAUUUAUUAGUGAUUGGAGGAGGAAUUGUUGGAGCUGCAUCAGCUCGAGAAAUCCUCCAACGACAUCCAAAUUUGAAAGUGGCGCUUGCUGAGAAAGAGAAUGCAUUUGCACAACAUCAGAGUGGUCACAACAGUGGAGUCAUUCACGCUGGAAUCUACUACAAACCUGGAACACUAAAGGCAAAACUCUGUGUUGAAGGAUUAAAAAUGUCAUACAAUUACUUUGAUCAACGAGGAAUACCAUACAAGAAGUGUGGAAAAUUGAUAGUGGCCACAGAUGAAAGUCAAUUGAAAAGUUUAAAUGAUUUGUAUGAUAGAGGAAUUGCAAACGGAGUACCUGAUCUCCAAAUGGUGGAGAGAGAUAAAAUUCAAGAGAUUGAACCAUACUGCCAAGGUGUUAAAGCACUCUGGUCUCCACAUACAGGAAUUGUAGACUGGCAAUAUGUUACUGAAUGCUAUGUACAGGAUUUCAUUAAUUUUGGUGGAACGACCUUCACGAAUUUCAAUGUGGUGAAGAUUGAGGAGUCACCAGACAACUCAGAAUAUCCCAUCAGUGUUUACAGCAGAUCUAUGAAAAGGAUUCUUACAAAAUACGUCCUUACUUGUGGAGGUCUGCAUUCAGAUAAACUGGCGGAAAUGACUGGUGGUUCAAAGUCUCCAAGAAUUGUUCCAUUUCGCGGAGAAUAUCUGCUGCUCUGUCCAGAAAAGCGUUACAUGGUUCGAGGUAACAUCUAUCCAGUCCCAGAUCCUCGUCUUCCCUUUUUAGGAGUACACUUCACUCCUCGAAUGGAUGGAAGUGUGUGGCUAGGUCCCAACGCAGUUUUGGCAUUUAAACGCGAAGGCUAUACAUGGGGUGAUAUAAAUCUUUUGGACCUCUUUGAUGCACUGCUUUAUCCUGGAUUCCGGAAGCUUGCUUUGAAGUACAUGGGUAGUGGAAUUCAAGAGAUGAUGCGCUCAGCAUUUAUUGUUAAACAAGUGCGGGAGCUGCAGAAAUUUAUCCCUGAUAUCACGGAAUUUGAUGUAGAACGAGGCCCAGCAGGUGUUAGAGCGCAAGCGCUAGACACUGAUGGGAAUCUAGUAGAUGAUUUUGUAUUUGAUCGUGGGAGUGGAAAAAAUGCCAUCUCACAGAGAGUUUUACAUUGCCGAAAUGCCCCAUCGCCUGGUGCCACCAGUUCAUUGGCCAUUGGAAAGGUCAUUGCUGAGAAACUCAGGAAGGAAUUCAAUUUUUAGCAAGUAUUUAAAUAAUGGAAAAUUUAUAAAAAGUUGAUUUGAAAAUGUAAUUUGUUAUACGUUAUCAUUGAUAUACGAUUUAUAAAUUUAUUAAAUUUUUUUUUAUGUUAUUACAAAUAAAAACAUUAAAAAAACAUGACUGUUGUUUUAUCUAUUUUUUAAAAUUUUAUACUUAUUGUUUAUUUGUAUAAAGUCAUGUUAAAUAAUAAAAGGCGAAAACUCUUA